CUCCGGUCUGCAUUUAGAUCGAAGUUAGUAAAUGUGUAGAACUGUGUGUAGAAGUGAAGAGACUCCGAGCUGACGAGCAUUUCAGAAGGUCACCCCCGGACCCUGACCCGCGUUCAGCAUGGCGUCCGACGGCAGGCCGGUAGAGCAGGACGACUCGGACCCGGUGAUGGAGGAUGGACGGGUGUAUCGGAACCCCACGGAGGUGCAGAUGAAUCAGAUUGUGCUUCCCUGCCACGCCAACCACCGGCAGGAGCUGAGCGUCGGCCAGCUGCUCAAGUGGAUGGACUCCACAGCGUGUCUGUCCGCUGAAAGACACGCCGGGUGUCCGUGUGUGACGGCGUCGGUGGACGACAUCCACUUUGAGCACACCAUCAGUGUUGGACAAGUUCUCAACAUCAAAGCUAAAGUCAACAGGGCUUUCAACUCAAGCAUGGAGGUUGGAAUUGAAGUAAGCUGUGAGGAUCUGUACAAAAACCAGUACUGGAAGGUAUGCCAGGCCUUCGCCACCUUCGUGGCACGCAGCACUGGGCAAGAGAAGAUUCAUCUGAAGCAGCUAGCACCUGGUACGCACCGCGAGCAGGUGGAGUACAGCGUAGCGGCCGAGAGGAGGAGGAUGAGGUUGCGGCAUGUUGACCUCAUGAAAGAUCUGCUGAGCAGCGCCGCCUUCCAGACGGGCGUGAGCGUGGGUGUGAGCGACGCAGAGGGCCAGGACGAGGACCGGGAGGAGGAGGUGCCAGCUGAGAGGACUCGAGUGGAAAGCGUGGAGCUGGUCCUGCCCACUCAUGCCAACCACCAGGUGAACACGUUUGGAGGUCAGAUCAUGGCCUGGAUGGAAAAUGUUGCUACUAUUGCUGCCAGCCGUCUAUGCCACGCCCAUGCCACCCUGAGGACCAUCGACAUGUUUCACUUCAGAGGACCGUCGCAAGUGGGAGAUCGAAUCAUCCUGAAAGCCAUCAUCAACAACACUUUCAAAAACAGCAGUAUGGAAGUGGGCGUGUGUGCCGAGGCCUAUCAGGGGGAGGAGCCACUCAGACACAUCAACAGCGCAUUUAUGAUGUUUGAGGUGCUGGAUGAGGAGGGCAGGCCGCGCCCACUGCCCCCCAUACGACCCGAGCCCCUGCACGGGAGACGGAGGUACAAGGAGGCGAUCGCCAGGAAGAAGAUCCGACUCGACAGGAAGUAUAUCAUCUCCUGUGAGCAGACAGAAGUGCCCUUAUCUGUACCCUGGGAUCCCAGUAACCAGGUGUAUCUAAGCUACAAUAACGUCUUCGCUCUGAAGAUGCUGGCGGGCAGGAACAGCUGGAUCCUCAGUUCUAAGAAGAACAAUGUAGGACUUUACACUCUGGAAGAGAACCAGACUCUCUGUUUCAGGAUUGAAUCGCAGGUGAACGUUCCGGCAGCUCGAGCGUUCCUCCUGCUCUCGGACCUCAGCCGCCGAAACGAAUGGGACAAAAACUACAAGCGGAGUGAGAUGAUCCUCCAGGUGGACGAGGACGACCUGAUCUAUCACGUUCUGACUCCCUCUGUUACUCAGGGAGGAAAAGUCCAGGACUUUAUUCUGCUGGCCUCCAGGAGACCGCCGUGUGAUACGGGGGACCCGUAUGUUGUUGCUCUGCGCUCGGUCACCCUUCCAACACACCCUCCGACUGACGACUACAACAGAGGAGAAGUGCUGUGUGCUGGAUUCACCAUCUACGAGGUGUCCGAAAGUGUUUCGAAGAUCUCUUACUACAACCAGACGAAUCCCGGAGUGUUACCGUACAUCGCUACAGACAUCGCUGGACUUUCAUCUAGCUUCUGUUCAACCUUCCUGUUGUGCGGCCAGUACCUGAUGGAGAACAGAACUGAACCUUCUGUCCUCUCCUCUUCUGUCACCACACCUUUGUAACACUUAACUGCCCUUUUUCUGCCCCCCUAUUACCCUCAUAUUGUCCACACACUACUGUCUUCCUACUCUCAGAACUGCCCUCACAGCACUCUUUUACUGCCCUCAUACUGCCCUCACACUACCAUCAUACUGCCAUAUUUUUUAAACUGUCCUCAUAUUGCCCUCACAACACUCUUUUACUGCCAUCAUACUGCCCUCCUACUGUGCCCACACUUCUCUCUUACUGCCCGAUACUGCCCGCAUGCUGCCCUCACACUACUUUUAAACUGUCCUCAUAAUGCCCUCACAACAUUCUUUUACUGCCCUCCUACUGCCCUCAUACUGCCCUCACACUACCAUCAUACUGCCAUAUUUUUUAAACUGUCCUCAUAUUGCCCUCACAACACUCUUUUACUGCCAUCAUACUGCCCUCAUACUGUCCUCACACUACUCUCAUACUGCCCCCUACUGCCCACAUGCUGCCCUCCUAGUGCCCUCACACUAUUUUUAAACUGUCCUUAUAGUGCCCUCACAACAUUCUCUUACUGCCCUCCUGCUGCCCACAUGCUGCCCCCUACUGCCCUCUCACUACACUACACAGGAGGUGAUUUAGAUUAGAAAGAUGUAAAAAAUUUGCAAAUAUUUAACGUGUAAAUAUGAAACCAGAGAAAUAAUCACAGAGUCGAGCUGCUGCUUUAUAACAACGUCUGAAUUUUUAUAAAGAGAAUUUUUAUUUUCUUAUUUUAAUACUCAUUUAUCUCAGUGGGUAAAGUCCACCUGAGGAAAACACACACACACACACACACACACAAACACACACACACAAACACACACACACACACAGAAUGAUUUAGACUUUGAGUGUUUUAUGCUUGAAUUGGGGCAUUUUGUUAUGGAACAUUAUAAAUAAUAAUAGGAAAACUUUACUAAAUAAAAACGUUAGAAUAA